GUUUGUGUUUUGACAUUUUUUGGUGGAGAGCCACGAACCAGCACACAAGUUCGAACCCCAGGACUCCGUCAGCGUCCACCGGCUCGGGAUAAAAACCAACAGGAGACAAGAUGGCAUCCGACUCCCCGCGCAGACCAAGUCGCUGUGCUGGAGGGGUUUUGGUGCGAGCACAAGCUGCUACGGAGCAGUCUUACAUGGAGAGUGUGGUGACCUUCCUGCAGGAUGUCGUCCCCCAGGCGUAUACUGGUUCUCCACUCACUGAUGAAAAAGAGAAGAUUAUAUGGGUUCGGUUCGAGAAAGCUGACGUCAACGACACUGCCCGCAACCCAGAGUUCAUGGAGAUGCACAGUGGAACUACUGACCCUCCCCUCUGCCUCAUGAUUGGCUACACAGAUGGGAUGCAGAUCUGGGGCGUAUCUUUGGCAGGGGAAGCCCAGGAGCUGUUCUCGGUGCGUCAUGGUCCCGUGCGAGCUGCUCGCAUUCUGCCAGCACCUCAUAUCAGUCCCCUGAAGAUCGACAGUUUUGCUGACAAGAGGCCGUUGCUUGGGGUUUGCAAGAGCACAGGGUCCUCUGGGACAAGCCCCCCCUACUGUUGUGUUGACCUGUAUUCUCUACGGACAGGGGAAAUGGUCAAAUCAAUUCAGUUCAAGACACCUAUCUAUGAUCUUCACUGCAACAAACAUAUUCUUGUGGUGAGCCUGCAAGAGAAGAUUGCUGCGUUUGACAGCUGCACCUUCACCAAGAAGUUCUUUGUCACAAGCUGCUAUCCUUGCCCUGGCCCCAGCCUCAAUCCAAUAUCUCUCGGAAGCCGUUGGCUAGCCUAUGCUGAGAACAAGUUGAUAAGAUGUCACCAGUCUCGUGGAGGAGCUUGUGGUGACAAUGCACAGUCCUAUACAGCUACAGUGAUCAAUGCUGCCAAAACUCUAAAGACAGGCCUGACUAUGGUGGGUAAAGUGGUCACGCAGUUGGCAGGCACCAUACCGGCAGGCACUCCAGAUGAGGAGGGCACACCCCACAACACGAGCCGCCGUAGCCCCCACAACCCCGGUGUGGUCACCAUCAUUGACACACACAAUGUUGGCGAAGGACAGGUCGUGGUGAGUGAGGACUCAGACGGAGAGGGAGUGGUGGCUCACUUCCCAGCUCAUGACAAACCCAUAUCCUGCAUGCAAUUCAACCCCAGUGGAUUGCUGCUGGUGACCGCCGACACUCUAGGCCAUGAUUUUCACGUCUUCCAGAUCCUCACCCACCCAUGGGCGUCCUCACAGAGUGCCGUUCACCAUCUCUAUACCUUGCAUCGUGGGGAAACUGAGGCCAAGGUCCAGGACAUCUGUUUCAGCCCAGACAGUCGCUGGGUAGCAAUCAGCACCCUUCGCGGCACAACCCACGUCUUUCCCAUCAACCCCUACGGUGGUGCACCCUGUGCACGGACACACAUGUCCCCGCGGGUUGUCAACCGGAUGUCUCGCUUUCAAAAGAGUGCCGGCCUGGAGGAGAUUGAGCAGGAGCUGAACAGGGCGGCUGCGCUAGGAGGAGGCAUCGGAGGAGGUGGUUGUAUCCUGGGCGGAGGAGGAGGCAUAGGGGGACGCUGUAGUCCCAUACCAGGCCUGUCCAGCAGCCCCUCUGGGUCUCCACUGCACGCCAAACUGAGCAACCAGGACUCAUACAACAACUUCACCAAUAACAACAUGGGGAACCCGCGGCUGUCCCCACUGCCCAGCCUCACUGUGGUGCUGCCUCUGGCUCAGAUCAAACAGCCCAUGACCCUGGGAACCAUCACCAAACGCACCGGACCCUACCUCUUUGGGGCAGGAUGUUUUGCCAUUAAAACUCCAUGCAAAACUAAGCCGCCUCCCCAGAUUUCACCGAGUAAAUCCAGUGGAGGAGAGUUCUGUGUUGCCGCCAUCUUUGCCUCGUCUCGCUCCUGGCUCAUCACCAACCCCAACAUGAAAAGGGAGAAAGAUCAGUCCAGGCAGUCGGUUGUCGACUCACUGUAUAUCCUCAGUUGCUAUGGUAACUUGGUGGAACACGUCCUGGAGCCUCGGCCGAUCAGCACCGCUCAGAAGAUCAGCGAUGACACACCUUUGGAGCUCAACACCUGUCCCAGGGCCUGCUGGACUCUAGCGAGGACUCCACAGUGGAACGAGCUGCAGCCACCCUUCAACUCCAACCAUCCCUUGGUGCUGGCCUCAGACCUGGUGCAGUAUCAUCAGUACCUUCUGGCUGCGAUGCCUCUGGGAAGCCCAGGCCCGAUCACACGUCACGAGUCAUCAGACAGUCUGGCAUCGGACCACAGUGGCCAGGAGGAUGAGGAGUGGCUCUCUCAGGUGGAGAUAGUGACCCAUACUGGGCCCCACCGGCGCCUGUGGAUGGGCCCCCAGUUUCAGUUUAAGACCAUUCACCCUUCAGGCCAGACCACAGUCAUCUCCUCCUCGUCCUCAGUGCUUCAGUCCCAGGGCCCCACCGACGUUCCACAGCCUCUUUUGGACUUUGACACCGACGACCUAGACCUUCACAGCCUCAGGAUCCAGCCGGUACGUUCUGAGCCAGUCAGCAUGCCCUGCUCUUCAGGGUUGGUGGCUGAUCGUCGUGGACAGUCCAACAUCAUGGAUGCAGGAUCAGGUAGGACAUCUCAAUGGCUUACUCUACUCUUUCUGAAUACUUCUUUUAUUCCCUCGUUUUCCAACCUCUUUCAUUUAAUUCUACUCGAUGGACCGGAGAUGUUCACACAUUCACACCCAACAAUAUGA